UAUUGAAGAGAACCAAGACAAUUAAAGGUAUUAUUUUAUUUUUGAUCUUAGAAUGUGCAUAGUGAGGAUACUUUACAGUUCCAGUUCAUGUCCAAAUCCCGAUUUCUGUCACAUCCAGUAGUGCUCAUCAGUGUUCCCAUGGAUCACGUCUUCUCCUCAGUCUCAGGCUAUCCAAAACGGAGUGUCUGAGGUUAUGGAGGAGGAAAGCAACUUGAAGAAACGAAAAAGCGAUCAAGGCAACCAGGGCUCUGAAACUGGUCAGGAGGUGGUGGAGAAAGUAAAAAAGCGGCGGGGCCGCCCUCCUGCCGAGAAGCUGCCCCCCAACCCUCCCCAGCUCACAAAACAGAUGAACACCAUCGUAGACAUGGUCAUCAACUACAAGGACACGUUGGGCCGACAGAUCAGUAAAGGUUUCGUCCAGCUGCCGUCAAGAAAAGAGGUGCCAGAGUAUUACGAGCUCAUCCGCAAGCCAGUCGACUUCAGGAGGAUCAGGGAGAGAGUGCGUAAUCACAAAUACAGGUGCAUUGCAGACCUGGAAAAGGAUAUCAUGCAGAUGUGUCACAACGCUCAGACGUUUAAUCUGGAAGGAUCUCAGAUCUUUGAAGACUCCAUUGUUUUGAAAUCUGUUUUUGAGAGUGCAAGACAGCGAAUAGUGGAACUCAGUGAGGAAGACAAUGAUGCUGUUGGAAGCAGUGAAGCAAUUGGGGGCCAUCAUUUUAAUCUAGAGGAGACAACAAAUCCCAAGCUGGACAAAAAAAAGGAGAAAAAUAAAACCAAUCCUAGUAAUUCCAGCCCAAAGGAGAUGGUCACAAAUAGUGAUGAAGACAUUGGCCAAGAAUGUGAGAAUAACACAAGAGGACUAUUGAAUUAGACCCCAUGACAGCCUCAUAUAUUGUAUGCCAUUUUAAGAACAUUGUGUGGCCAUUUCAGUCCAAUUUUCCUUGAUGUUUCGCUCAAGGAUUUGCUCCGAAUGUGAUCUCUCAUUAUAUCGGUUGCUUUAAACACCUUUAUAAAAACCUUUGUAUUCUAAAAACAACAUUAGUAAUGCAGUGCUUUUGCAGUGAUACAUUUAAAAUUGGCAUUGUUUUCAUGCAUUUAUAUAAUGUAAAUAAAUCAUAAACCCAAAAUAGAUAAAAAA